AGCAAAAGGGAUAAGGAAGACACGAUGACCCUCUCAGUUCCAACCACUUCGUUUCGCAACUGCACUCUUGACUUUACUAACUCGAAUCUUCCAUAGCAUCAUGCCAUUGCAAAUUUACAUCCAUUCACACCUUCCAUUCCCAUUACCAAAUUUUAUAUCUCAUCGCUUCUCUUCGCUAUAUCAAACCUCCUCCUCUUCUUCUUCUUCUUCCCCUCUCAAACUUGUCUCUUCCAAAAGGGACUCCCAACGAAACCCUGCUGAUAACAAUAACAAUAAUGGUGAUAAAUCUUCACGAGAUUGGGACAAGGCAUGGUCAAAUUUCAAGAAGCAAGGGAAAAAAUCACUCUUCUCUGGAUUCUCACCAGAUAAGUAUGUGAGUUGGAACCCUAGGCGCUCAGAAUUCCCAAUUUCUGAGGAGGUUGAUCCCAUCAAGAGAACUGAGAGAUCAAACCUCAAGUUCUGGAACAGUCCCACUUUCACUCUUGGGGGUGCAGUUAUAAUUGUCUUGUUCCUUUUGUUGUAUACCAUUCUUGCACCAAUCAAGUGAAGUGAUUACCUUUUAAAGCAGUAGAGAUAUAACAAUAAACUAUUAUUGUUUCCACAGAAAUUGUAAAUUUUGUUUAACAAAAGUAA